UCUACUCACCCGGUUCGCUUCGCAUCUCUCCCCAGCGCCGCCGCCGCGUCCACCCGAGCCCUAAGCCCUCCCCUACCACCGCCUCACCACCAUGGCCGGCGCGCAGGAGUCUCUGGUGUUGGCCGGCGUGAUGCACGGCCACAACGACGUAGUGACGGCCAUCGCGACGCCCAUCGACAACUCGCCGUUCAUCGUGUCGUCCUCCCGCGACAAGUCGCUGCUGGUGUGGGACCUCACCAACCCCGUCCCGGUCGUCGGCGAGACCGCCAGCGCCACCGAGUAUGGCGUGCCCUUCCGCCGCCUCACCGGCCACUCCCACUUCGUCCAGGACGUCGUCCUCAGCUCCGACGGCCAGUUCGCGCUCUCCGGGUCCUGGGACGGCGAGCUCCGCCUCUGGGACCUCUCCACCGGGGCCACCACCCGCCGCUUCGUCGGCCACGACAAGGACGUCCUCUCCGUGGCGUUCUCCGUCGACAACCGCCAGAUCGUGUCCGCCUCCCGCGACCGCACCAUUAAGCUGUGGAACACCCUCGGCGAGUGCAAGUACACUAUCGGCGGCGACCUCGGCGGCGGGGAAGGCCACAACGGCUGGGUGUCAUGCGUCCGCUUCUCCCCCAACACCUUCCAGCCAACCAUCGUCUCUGGUUCAUGGGACCGCACCGUCAAGGUGUGGAACCUCACGAACUGCAAGCUCCGCUGCAACCUCGAGGGCCACGGCGGCUACGUCAACGCCGUUGCGGUGAGCCCCGACGGCUCCCUGUGCGCAUCCGGUGGCAAGGACGGCGUUACCCUGCUCUGGGACUUGGCCGAGGGCAAGAGGCUGUACUCGCUUGACGCGGGUUCCAUCAUUCAUUCGCUCUGCUUCUCGCCCAACCGCUACUGGCUCUGCGCUGCGACCCAGGACUCUAUCAAGAUCUGGGAUCUUGAAUCAAAGCACAUUGUGCAGGACCUUAAGCCCGAGAUCCCCGUCUCCAAGAACCAGAUGCUGUACUGCACAAGCUUGAACUGGAGCGCAGAUGGAAGCACCCUUUACGCUGGUUAUACAGAUGGAACCAUCCGGAUCUACAAGAUCUCAGGGUUCAGCUACGCCGGCUAGAGAUGGCGAGUCUUGUAUUAGUUGUCAUGUUCUGGUAAACGACUUGUGGUAUCACCGUAGCGUUCUUUUUGGCUGUUUGAAGGCAUAAUAUCUGCCUGAGUACUUCUGCUUGAUUUACCCAUCUAUGUAGUAGCUCCAGUAUGAGCUCAUGGAUACUGUGGAAUAGGGAUCUGUUUUGCACCAUGUUUUGUUUUGACUGCCUUUUCAAUAUAUUGUCUGAUGAAUCCAUGGUGCU